UCCAAGGUCAUUCGAAGGCCCGUUGUGGAUUCAUCCCCGUGGCGCUUCUUAUAGCGAAGCUAUUUGUUAUUCUAUGGUCUCGGUCUUUGUAAACGUAAACAUUCUGCUUGACUCCUAUUCCUAUCACUUAUUUUUGAUAAGAAAUUUUUGCUGACCCAACAAUCUUAUUUCAUUUAAUGCAAAGGAAGAUUUCACGAAGUACAAUCCCCCCUUCAGUAACGAGUUGAACUUCACGUUUCAGUCAGUUGAGUUUAUUUUCAAAAUGACUAAACUUCUUGAGUGGGUUGCUGGCGGUCUCGCAUUUCUUCUUUUGUGGGCAAUUCUUAUCUUCAACAUAAGAAAUUACAAGGCUUUGGAAGAUAUGAAGAAUUUUAUUUACACUCUACCCUUAACUAUUGCUGCUCACUUUGGUGUCUAUGCGGUGACUGUUGUCUUAUGGAGAGUUUUUACAUUCAACAAUUGUAAGGAGGCAGCUGCUGAGUUACAAAAUGAAAUCAACUUGGCAAAAGAAGAUCUAGCGAAAAAAGGUUUCAAAUUCUGCAGUAAUGCUUCAUGAGUAUUUGAUCCGCUGACUUGCCCUGCCUUAUCAUUCCUAAGUUAUUUUAAGUGUUAUUUUGUAAAUAAUUUUCAGUGUUAAGUGAUCAUAAUAUUUUAUUUUCCCGGGUAUUAUAUGUUUCGUUUGUUAACAAUUUUUAACUUCGUUUUGUGAAAGCUAAUACUUGCACAUGUUACCUGUUAUUCGAUCAAUUUUGCCAAGAUUGCGUCUGUCAUGUCAGUAAUGUAUUCCAUAUCUUAUUUGAGUGUUUUCAACUUUUCAAGGGACCCAUUAUCUGCAUUAAAAUUUAUCUCGAUCUCUAUCUAUGCAAUUUUUCUUGCAACUUAUCAAUGCAAAAUCUUUAAUUAUGCAAUUGACUCGUACUUGCAAGAAAACAACUUUAAAUUGCAACUUGAUCAAUCCCUCGAAACAAUCACACUUAAUUUUUUACCUCCGUUUUUUUCGGGCUCAGUCAGAAGCUUGCAUAAUUUUGUCAACUCUGGACGUACCUAUCAAGUGGAUUGCAUUUUGCAACUAGGUACUGCAAUUUCUGGCUCAGUUUAUACUAAACACUGUAUGCUCCACUAGUUUCCCUGCCUACAUGAACGUUUUGACAAAUGAGCCAGAAAUUGUAGUAAUGUAGCUCCUCAUUGCAAAAUGGAUUCCAAAUGGACCCCUAGACAGGAUACAAAGUUACCACACAUACCACUACCAUACAUGUAUCUGUAUGUACCAAAA